CAAUCUAUCGGCAGUCGGCACACCCGCCGAUCCUCUUCGCAGUUCGCACGCCGCCGAAGCCGGCCAGGCGGCGACGGUCCGACGGGCACGCUCUCUCCUACUCCGGCGAGGCUUCACUCACCGAACUUCCAAGAAGGGCUAAUGGAGGAAGAAGAGGCGCCAAAUCUUCCAUUAGACAUCAUCUACCAGAUCCCGAAAUACAUAUCCGAUCCAGCCUCGCUAGCACGCGCUGCUUCGUCCUGCAAGUUAUGGCGUGGUGUUAUAAAGGACCCUGCCUUUCUUGAUGGCCUCAAGACACGGCACCUCGACCAUGGUUUCACCUCAUCUCUCCUCCUUGGCUUCUUCUAUCAGGACAGUGCCGAGGCUCCCGAGCACCUGUGGCAGCAUCAUAAGGACAAAACUCGUUGCAUGGCACCGAGCUUCACACCCACUUCAGAAUUGUUACCAUUCACUGGUCGUAGAGAGGGCUACAAUUCAGCGAGACCCCUGUCCCUUGGUGCCUUUAUUCUGGGUAUUGGUUCAAGCCUCAAUUUUUAUGAGCCUGUUGCAUCCCAGGACAGCUUCCUGGUCCUCUGCCGUCACUCAAAAGACCCUGAAGGCCAUUGCAGGGCAGAUACUGUACGCGUCUGCAAUCCUCUCACUGGUGAAGUGUUUCGUCUGCCUAACCUUCCAUACAAACCACCAGACCACUAUGCCUUGCUUGUUGCCGACGAUAACAGCCUAGAUGGGCGCGUGACCCAAUCCUUCCAGCUGGUUGCCAUUUGGAUCAAAGGAAAAAGGUUCAUCUAUAUCUACUACUGUUCAAAGACCAGAUCGUGGUGGAGGCCUGCAAACUUUCGUGAACUAAUGGCUGGCCUUUACCUAGUGUCAACCCCAGCUGCUGCUUCUCAUGGUAGGAUCCAUUGGCUUUGCGGGUGCUGGAAAAGCUGGUCGCUCAGUCAUGUUGUCACGCUGCAUGUGGAUGGAGAAGAGUUGUCAUACCUGGAGCUCCCGUCUGAAGUGAAGCGCAGCAAGACACCGCUGCUAGGGAAUUCUGCAGACGGGGGCCUUAUGUUGCUGCUCAUGAAAGGUCUGCACAUGUCACUGUGGAAGCAUAACGGCAAGCCUGGCAAUGGUAGCAGCAACUGGGUUCAUUCUGAAAUGAUCGACAUGACAAGUUCCUUGCCAAUGCGGGUGCUAAAGAUGCAUGCCAUUGCAAAGGUCAGACUGGAGAGUUUCCGAGGGAAGAGUGGUGCGGUGGUGCUCUGGAUUGAGGGGGAGGGUCUCUUCUUGUUCAGCCUCAGCGAUCGGUCGUUGAGGAAGAUUGACAAUGAACAUGUUACAAAGAAGUAUCUCUUCUGCCCAUACGAGAUCGAUUGGCUAUCUUGCCUUGCAUUCACAAACCUUGUUGAUGGUUUGCUGCCACUUGAUGCGGGAAGGGAAAAGGCUCAACGCAGAUGGAGGACUUUGCUGGCAAAGAAUAUACCAAAAAGCAUCAAGGCAUGAGUUAUAGAUGGUCCUCUAGUGGCAUGUCGACAUGGUUUCUGAAUUUCAUUUCUAGUUGACUUUGUUUCUGAAUUUCAUUUCCAGUUGACGUUGUACAUUUGUGACGUUUAUUGUAAGGACUAGCAGUUUGAAAUCAAAUCCAUGUAUUCCUGGUACAAUUAGAUACAAUUAGUCUAA